ACUUAAAGACUGCUCAAAUAGCACCUUUAUUAGAAAAUACACAUUUCUAAUUAUAUCAGUGUUUCCUGGUGUAUCUGCAGCAUGAAACAACCCAAGACCAAUGGUAAGUAUCAAUAAUUCAGCUCGUGUGUGACAACAGGGCAGAUCCGCGCGCUCUGAUUGGUUUCCUGAAGCCCAACCCUGCAGACUCAUUGGUUCAAAUCAACCACUGAAGUCUGAAAUGACUCAAGUAAAGUCAUAUCGCUGCACUCUGCAGGCUGCUCGCGCUCACGGCUCCUUCUCACCCACAGCCCUGCGCUCUGAGGAUAACUUUUAAAGGAACUGGAGCGACGGGAUCCGUGCCCCUUUCAUUUUUUUCCCCAGAAUCCCGUUUUUGUUCUAGAGGGGAACCAGGAUCAGCCUGCAAGAACUUGUUUUAAGGAGACCCGCUUUCAGAUUCUUGAAAAAGUUGUCUUGCGUUGAUUUUUCAAGCGUUGAGUGUGGUUUAAUAGUAACAUCUGAGGAGGCGUAGCUUAUUUUGUGGGUUUUAGGGGAGAGAUCAUGUAAAGUUCUACGGGCAGCUGGAUUAAAGUUAUUUUUUGUUGCAGAUUAUUAAUUUUAAAUAGUUGUGUGAGGCAGGAUCAGAAGUGAGGCUGAACCAGUUGUUGGUGUUGAUAUCUGGUUAAGUGUGCGGUAGAUGAGCGCGCUGAUAUAAUUCCGCUCUGCAGACUCUGGGGAGAUUCCUUUUGCACGUUUUUAUUCUUGCUGAAAAACAAAUCCUGAGACGCUUCGAACUUCAACACCACGAGCAGAUGAACUAAAAGACUCCCGAGUUUAUUGUUCUUGCUGAAGAAGCGACUUUUCCGGUUUUUGUGCGCUUUCGUCUCCAUCCUUUUACGCGCAACGGCGUCUGGAGGAGAAAAAAAAACAGUUUUCCUCCUAAAAGAGCUCGGUCCUUCUGAUACCAAGCCAGGCAGGUGGCGCUGACCCAAGCUGUUGUGAUGCAUAUUCCCGUAGAGCCGCCCACGACCAGACGGUUCACGCCGCCCUCAACGUCCUUCCCCUGCAACAAGCUUGGAGACGGUACCGGCUCCAUGGCCACCCCGGGGCCUCUCCGGACAAGACCCGACACCAGGAAUGUGGUGGACGUGCUGGCGGACCACGCAGGCGAGCUGGUUCGGACCGACAGCCCAAACUUCCUCUGCUCGGUGCUCCCGUCCCACUGGCGCUGCAACAAGACGCUCCCCGUGGCUUUCAAGGUCGUGGCUCUUGGUGACGUGCCCGACGGGACUCUGGUCACGGUCAUGGCCGGGAACGAUGAGAACUACUCGGCCGAGCUGAGGAACGCCUCCGCCGUGAUGAAGAACCAGGUGGCCCGCUUCAACGACCUCCGCUUCGUGGGCAGGAGUGGACGGGGAAAGAGCUUCACUCUGACCAUCACCGUGUUCACCGGACCCCCACAGGUGGCCACCUACCACCGAGCCAUCAAAGUCACCGUGGACGGACCCCGGGAACCGCGCAGGCACCGAGUGAAGAUGGAAGACCCCCAGAAGAUGCAGUUCUCCGACAGGCUGUCAGAAAUCGAGCGCUACCAGCGGACCAUUCGGAUAGGCCCGGUGAACAACAAUCCACGCCAGCUUCACCAAACACACCUCGGCACCACACAAGCUCUGUGGCAGGAGCAGAUCGAGACCCCUGCUCUUAAGACCUGCAAGGUGGAGGAGGAUCUGAGACCGUGGGCAGCAGGAACUACAGAACUCUUCCCUCAGCGGACCUCCUUUCCAACUCUGUCACCACUGACCGACCCCCGCUUCUCAGACCCCCGCAUGCACUACCCCGGGGCUUUCCCUUACUCUGCCAACACCUCCAGCACCGGCAUCAGCGGCCUGAGCAUGUCCACUUCUUCUAGAUACCACACCUACCUGCCCCCGCCCUAUUCAAACAACCAAUCCCAAAACUUCCAGUCCAACUCUUACCUUUAUUACGGCACUGGAUCUGGAUCCUACCAGUUCUCCAUGGUGGCGCCGGGAAACACAGGAGGCGAGCGCUCCCCGACCCGCCUGCUGUCCUGCUCGGGGGCUGGAGGCGUUGGAGGGAACAGCCUGAUGAAUCCUGGCCUGAACGCCCAGAGCGAGGGGGUGGAGGCCGACGGCAGCCACAGCAACUCCCCAACGGCCAUGAGCGCAUCGGGUCGCUUAGAUGAGUCCGUCUGGAGGCCAUACUGACUGGCAGACAGCUAAAUGAGAGAGGAGGGGGCAGAAAAGUGAAGAGAACAAUGAACAAAGAGGCUGAAAACUGAAAGAAACCCAAAAAAGCUCAAAAAGAUGCAUGUUUGUCCUUUUUCCCGCCAACGUUUGCUUUAAAGACACCAUUUGCUUAAUCGCCAAGAUUUUUAUGCAGUUUUCUUUGAACAAACUCCUGCUCUGCGCUGAAACCUGGCCUCCCAAAGCCACAGCGAGUCAAGCAGAGAUUGUAAAUAGGGGCAGGAGGCCGUCGCGGCCUUUCAGGAUCCGUCUGUGGACAGACACUCACGAAAGAACAACAGAGGAGGAGGUUCAAACAAUCAGGACAACCGAUGAACUGAGAAACCACAGCAGACAUUAAACAAAACAGCCCAACGAGAGCUGGCAGGUGGAAGUCAAACUGGUCGUCUGGGACUCCUCACAGCUGCACUGCUGUAGCGCUCGCUCACUCGCUCGCUCCGUCCCUUUAAGCGUUCACUGUUGAUGACAUGCUGCAUCAGCUACAUCCAGGGCCGUUUCCUGUGCUCCGAGAACAUUAUCGUCUAUUUAUUAUCCAAACAGAGACAUUAGCCUUUGGUGCUUUAGAGGAUGCCUCAAUACAACUGCUGCAUUACGUAGAAAUAAAGCAUUUUAUUAGUCACAGGUUUAAAAAUUAACCAUCUUCUGCUGUUUCUUUAAUCAACGGGACAAUAGCUGGUAUUUUAGGAAUGUCCAAAACAAAAAGGAAGGUUUAUCUGUUGGAGUCCUGUUGUUUUCCUCUCUUUACUUUUAUCUCUUUUCUAAAGAAAAAUCCAAGCCUGAUGUUUUGUUACUGGAUAACGUGGUUUAACUUUGAUAUUUAUUUGAGCCAAAUUUUGGGGAAAUGUAGGCAUACACCCCAAAUCCUUAAGCAUUUCUCUUUACUUUUCCUUUUUUUUUUACAUGAAUAUAUAAACUGUCUAUAUACCAUGUUUUGUUGUAUGAAUUUGGAAUUUGUGUAAUAUAUUGCUACUAAAUUAUGAAAAACAAACCUUUAAUGUAAUUAUUUUUGCCUUCCAAUGUAGCUUUGAUGCACUAAAACUUUUUUUAUUCCAAAAAAAUGCCCAAAAGAUUCUGUCAGUGAGACGCUGUGGUGCCUAAAUCUUUUAAGCAAUUCCCAAAUUGCCUUCUUGCGCCAAAAAUAAGCCAUUUGUUCAUUUUUUUGCACUAUUUUAUGACUUGCAUUUCCAUUUGUUAGGUUACUGCUUGGUUGUGUGAAAGUGCGGGAUGAAAUGUGACAUAUUCCUGCACAAACGCUUUCAAGUGUUGUUUUGCUGGAUCCCUGGCAAAGUUACACACACACAUGCAUAUUCCAAAAGGUGUGUCUGCACAUUCCCACUAUCCUAGAGGGAUGAGGCGGGGUCCAGUGGGGUCUCUUUUUACCAACACCGAGGGCAGUUGUGCAAAAAAACAAAAAGAAAAUAACUGUUUUGUGCUGCACGAACCCUUUUGUUGCGAUUAGUCACCGAGUGCUUUGAAGCCUUUGUGGCCGUGAUUCUGCCUCUCUUGGUUCAGCCAGAACGUCUGCAUUAACGUUUCUGAUGGACGGCUGUUAACUUGCUAAAAUUCAGGUUUGAUUCAAAAGUGACAACUGAUCCAAAGAAGCUAAUGUUUGCAGCUCAGGUAAACUAAACGUAUGCAAGAUGUUUUAUAAACCGUAUUCCUGUCCGCGUCUCAUUCCUUCUCCCCUUUCUUUGAGAGGAAAAAGCAUGUUUAGAUUCCUUACUUCCUCUGAAGCCUGGUUAAAAACCUGAAUCUAUUCAAAUGAAAAUCAUGCAGCUAGAAAACCCAAAGAUGUUUUUAAAAAACUGCCUUGUGUGUUCAUCAGGUGUCAAAUUACUCAUGCCUGGAUGUAAUUUAAUGUUGUUGCAAAAGUAAGCCAAACUGUACAAGUAAACUGUAUUUUGUAUAUUUCCUUAAAGAGCACAAUUUACAUGAAUUUUGUUUCUUUUCAAAAGAAAUCCCUUUUUUCACCCUGUAAAGUCAUUUUGCUCUCUUCAGCUCUCUGUAUGCUCAAAGCAUGUACAUCUGAUAUGUUAAUUUAAGAAUUGCAUCUAUGUAUGUGUUGCAUCAUCGCUUCUAUACGAGUGCUUGUAAAGUUUGCAGAUAGUGUAGUUUUUAGUCAUUUUAAUUAAAAAAAUGUGUCUCAUCUUUGUCUUCAAA